AUGCCUAUCAGUAUCACUCCCACCAUACUGCAAGAGGCCUACGCUAAGGGAGGUAAAGAUGGUGAGAGGCGGGAAGAAGUGAAGGAAGAUUUCCGCGGAAUAGUUAUCCCUGGAGAGGUUAUCUUUACCUCAGGUGCCAAUCUCAUCACCGGUCACGGCACAUAUCGCGUGGAUGACUCAAGCGAAGUUGCUGAGGUAACCACACCGGAGCAGUCGGCAGUGAAGGAUGAUUCCACUAGUGUAUCCGUUCUCCCCAUGCACGCCUCAUUAGCUGGUCGUUUGAAGUCGGUGAACAAGCUGGUCUACGUGGAACCGCCCAAUACCCGCUACUCCGGUAACGUUGGAGAUACUGUUGUUGGACGGAUUGUUGAGGUAGAACAGAAGCGAUGGAAGGUGGACGUUAACUCGUAUCACCUAGCCAAUCUCUCUCUUGCCAACGUCAAAUUGCCGACUGGGGAGCUGCGUCGAAAAUCGGAGGACGAUGAACGUGCUAUGCGCUCCUUCAUGAGGGAAGGUGACUUGAUAGUGGCGGAAGUGCGCGAGGUCUAUCGAGAUGGCAGUUUACAGCUGCACAUGCCCGGUAUGCGCACUGGUCGGUUGGGCGAAGGCUGUGUUCUACGUUUGCCUCCCAGUCUUAUUCGCCGACAGAAGAUCCAUCGUCACCAAUUAGUGGUGCCAUGUGGUGGUGGGGCAAGCGUAAGUGAGGAACCGGCACGCAAUACAUGUGUCGGUGUUAUCUUUGGAUGCAAUGGACUUGUAUGGAUUGGACCCGAGCGUGGUAUGAACCUUGGGGCGCGCCUUGGGGCUACAAUUUCGGCUCAGAAGCCUUGUUCGGCCAACGGUGCUAUCAAUACAGAAUUUGAGGAGCGCGUAGCGGUGGGACGUGUUCGGAAUGUAGUACUUGCCUUGGUGGCUUGCGGGCACCUUGUGUGGGAGACGGCGGUACUGGCGGGCUGUGAAGCGAGUUUCUUCGAGGAGCUAGAAGACGUGGAGGGGUCUGUUGGUGGCAACGGAGCUGACGGCGGUGCACGCAUCACACGUCUCCUGCUGCCUGAGCAUCAGAGACAUCUGGUUGACCUUGUCAUAGCAAAAUUGGCAGCUGCUUGA